AUGUCGUUACUCUGGAGAUUUGAGCGCAAAGCACUGAAGUGGUUCAGGCAGCGGCGAUGCCUCCACACCAUUGGUGAGAAUGAUCUAGUGAUGGUUCGGUCGCUAUCGCGGCCUGAUGAGAGCUACCAUUUGUCGAAGCCGUUAGAAAGCGGGAAAGUUGUACACACUGCCAGAGGAACCAUACUGCACGAGCAGAUUAUUGGCAAGGAGUGGAGGACACUGGUGGAAGCCGGGCAGGCGAAUGGCGCCAAAAAUACAUAUAAGUACAUGCUCUGCAAGCCAACGCUGGAAGAAUACAUCGUCAACCGGCGGCGUGAGGCGCAGCCUAUCUACCCGCUCGAUGCGUCGUUGAUUGUUGAGCUCGCGGAUAUUGCAGCUGACUACCCUGAGAUGGUAGACGCUGGUGAUAGCUUGCAACCGAUGUCUUUAGAGAGCUACUUGCGCGAGACGGGCCGCUCGGACAAGCUGCCGGUUAUGCUACCGAAGCAGCUGGAAGGGAAAGGCCAACUUGACAGACACAUUGCAACACAGCAGCACAGCGCGUUUAACAGUCUAGGAUGCGUUGGGAAGCGUAUCACGAAGCAACGGCCGCUGCAGUAUCUGGAAUGCGGUACCGGCCACGGGUCAUUGACUUUGUACAUUGCAAAGGCCUUGCACGCGGCAAACGCCUUCUACGAUGGAAAGGAUGAUAGAACGCGCGGAGCAAUUCUGCAUUCCCUUGACCGUAACGAGAAGCAUCUGAAGGUGGGAAUGGAAAAUGUGAAGCAGUUCCGGAAAGGCCUAUACUGGGCCGACGUAGAGUUUCAUCUUGAGUCAAACGGUCCAAACGGUUGGCUGGAAAGCCCUGCGGCCGAAUACUACGGUGGGCGUCUGGGCCGGAGCGAUAACCGCGGCUUUCUAGACGGCGCCUUUCUCGAUUUGCCCUCGCCAGAGGAUCACCUUGCAAAGCUGAGCGACUGUAUGGCCAUCAAUGCACCGAUCAUCGUAUUCACGCCUAGCAUCAUGCAGAUAUGGGACUGCGUAGAGAGGGUUAAGGCGGAAGGCCUGCGACUUUCCCUCAUAACCGUGUAUGAACUGACAGCUGGCUCUGGAGGCGGUGGUAUGCGCCAAUGGGACCUCCGUAGAUCCCUCAUCAAGGAAACCGGCAAAAGCGGAAUGGUUGUACGGCCCAAAGUUGGGGCGCGCGUCGUGGGAGGUGGUUUCGUGGCCGUCUUCCGCCGGGUUCCCAGAAAGUAG